AUGUACAUAUGUAUGUAUGUAUAUCAACUCACUACUGGCUACACUCGCCACAAUGCCGUCGGCUGUGCAACAUAUCAGCUGAAAGCGUAAAACGUUUCGUGUAACGGGCCGGCAUUCCAGUUUGUUUUUUUUUCUCUGCUUUGCCGCACUUGCAUUGCAAUAACUGCGCGCUCCUGUGAUUAAUUACGAUUGAGCUAAAAUUCGCGUGUUGUUCUCGGCUAUGCAAACAGCUUAAACCAGGCCACACCACCAGCGACCACACGCAACAAAUGCCGGCAGGAAAAGGUGUCUCCACUUCUAGCUUGAUUGAGAUUUUCGACUGGAUGCUUGACAAGCUGCUGUGCGCCGGUCACUGGUACAUUUCAACGCCCAGAGAAUGUGCUCCAUUUUUCAUAAUCGCAUAAAUUAUCGCGGCCUACGCAGCAAUUCGAGUGGCAGCAAUAGUAGUAGCGGUAGCAGCGGCGGCCGCGGCAGUGGCAGUAACAUCAGCGCCAGCAUUAGCAACUCAACCAAAGAACUGGACGCCGAUCGCAACAAUAAUGGCGGAGGCGUGGCGGCGAACAACAAUGAGCUCAACGGCGGAGAGGUGACAUAUCAGCACGAUGGCAAAACGGAGCAAGCAUUACCUGUGGUGAAAAGCGCCACCUCCACACCGGAUAGCGCCGCAGAUGAGAACAUCGAUCCACAGUGCAAUAUGCGACUAGGGAGCGACGAGUUGACUGAGCGGCGUAGUAGCGAAGAGCAGGACGAUGACGAUGGUGAAGAAGAGCUCGAAGCGACAGGCGAUAGCAAUGAAGCGUUGGAUUUGUCAGUGCUGCCGGGCAAUCGAUUGCCGGCUAGUGGACAUGUGGCAUUGGAGGCUUUACAACACACCAAAGUGGCAGUGGCACAAUUCGCCGCCUCAGCGCUAAGUGGCGCACAUAAUUAUGGCGAAGCGAUGAACGAGUUGGCAAUGGUGCAGUCGACGAUAUUGAAUGUGCAGCGACAACAUCUGAUGCAAUUACAGCUUAUACAGCACCUGCAGAGUCAGCUGAAGCGCGCCAGUGAUCUAACCGAAGACACCGAUGAACAGCCGGAUGAGCAGCAGGCUGAGGAGAUAGAGUCGCAGCACUCCGAGCCUAAGAAACGGCUGUUGCAGUCGCCACCAGAAGCGCCGACGGCAGCGGAGGAGCAGCGCAGUGAGGGCGUGGUGCAAGCAAGCGUGGAGCGCAAGCGGCAGACGGACAAUUCAAGCCCGAGUAGUGAAAAGGCAGAUGUCGGCACGCGGCCAAUGCCUGCGUCAAAUGAGGAGAAUACAAAGACUGAAGAAUCAAUAAGUGCAAUCGGCGGAUUAGGCGUGGUUGAGCUGAGGAAGAAUGCUAAGUUAGAGAAGCAUGCCAUAGGCAGUGCAGGUCAUGAUGCGGGGGUCACACUGCUGCCUAGCACCAGUAUCAGCACCAGCACCAGCGCCAGCGCCAGCACCAGCGCCAGCAGCAAUAGCAAUUACAAUAAUUACCAGCCCUUGAUGUGUGACAUUAGCUCGUCGCUCGCCUCUAGCAUUAUAACCAAUCACGACCCGCCACCAGCGCCCAAUGAGCCCAACUGCUUGGAGAUGCUGCAACGUCGCACGGAAGAGGUGCUUGACUCGGCCUCGCAGAGUCUACAUGCCUCACAUCUGCAGGACGAGUAUGAGUACGCGCAGAAGGAUGCGCAGGGCAGAGGUGAAAUAUUCAAACAUCGCUGCAAGUAUUGUGGUAAGAUUUUCGGCUCCUUUUCGGCGCUGCAGAUUCAUCUGCGUUCACAUACUGGCGAGCGGCCGUUCCACUGCAACGUCUGCGGCAGUAAGUUUACAACAAAAGGCAAUCUCAAGGUGCACUAUCAACGGCAUACGCAAAUCUUUCCGCCGAUGCUACUGGCGCCUGGUCCGGGUGGCACUGUAGUGGAACAUUAUCCAACAUACGGCGCGCCUGUAGCCGUUAGUGGGCCACUGAUGCCAGCAGGUGUGGCGCCAGUCCGAUUACACGCCGCAAGCGAGCCGAAGCCAGUAGGUGGUGAGGAGUCGGUGCUGUGCGCACAAAAAGAAAAACACGAGGAGCUGCCGCGCCAGCCAACACCGAAGCCUGCCAUCACACGACCCGAAGCGGCAAACUCCCCCGCCGAGGCGCCGCAAGACCUAAGCAAGCCACAUCACUCACCUGUCAGACAAGAAGCUCCCAUAACUACUGAAUCUAGCUUGUCGCCAAAGCUGCCACCAGUAGUAAAGCAAGUGACAGAGAGUAAAUUGGAUAAACCAGAGCGUCCACCAAGUCAACACCACCACCACCCGCCACAUCCACAUCCACAUCAUACGCCGAAACGCAGUAGUAGUUCACGUAAACGCAGCUCCCGCGCCAACACGCCGCAUGCCAGCGCCAGCAGUGAGUCACGCAAGUCGCAUGCACACGAAGAGCGUGAGCGCGAACGGCUGAUGGAAAGCGGCGGCGAAUUCACGCCCAAGUCCGCAUCGUCGCUACGCCGCUCGUCGCUGAGUCGUAACUCAAGCAACAGCGGACUCGAGCCGCACAUCUCCUCCGAAUACUCGCUGGCGCAAAUGGAACGCAUUAUCGACAAGUCGUGGGAGGAUCUGAUCGAGAUCGACACAACCUCGGAGACGUCGAAGCUGCAGCAGCUCGUCGACAACAUCGAGAAUAAGUUGACCGAUCCGAAUCAGUGCAUCUUCUGCCACAAAGUGAUGUCCUGCCGCAGCUCGCUACAAAUGCACAUACGCACGCAUACCGGCGAGCGUCCAUUUCGUUGUAAAAUCUGCGGACGUGCCUUCGCCACCAAGGGGAACCUGAAGGCGCACAUGAGCAUACACAAAAUCAAGCCGCCAAUGCGUAGUCAAUUCAAGUGCCCCGUCUGCCAUCAGAAGUUCUCGAAUGGCGUCAUACUCCAACAACACAUACGCAUACACACCAUAGACGAUGGAAGUGGCGCGCUGGGCGGCUUGCCUGGUGUCGCGCUGAAUGGUAGCGUGCUCGGCGCAUUUUCGCUACCGCUGGGUACAUUACCCGGCUCCGUUGGUGCGGCAGAAGCGAUAGCGGAGCAUAAUGCACGAAUGAAGGCGCAUAUGGAUGCGGCAAUUGAGGACCAGAAUUCGAAUAAGUCAAUGGGCACCUCGGAUAACUUCGAUUUCUCGACAACCUCCGAUUAUUCGGGUCAACGUUCGGAGUCAUCGCAGGGCGAUUACGACGAUUUCAUGACCAUGGAUAGCACGGAUGAUUCGCGUGAGAACACAAAUUCGAUGACGCCCUUCGAUCGACGGCUGGCCGAUGAGUAUGCGGAUGAGCGUGUGCUUGACGCUGAUGGCGAACGAGGCGAGUGUGGUGGUGAAUUGCCAAACCCUGUGGCGGCUAUGGCCGCUGCGGCUGCGAUGGAUCUCUCGGCGCGCGGUUUUCCUGCGAAUGGCGUGUCACAGAAAGCAUUGGAACAUCUGCCUAUGUUGGGUAUGUCACCGAACUUCCUGCUGAUGGCGGCAGCGCGCGAGGAGAUGCAAAUGUUGGGCGCGCAAGCAAAGUUUCCGCUGUUGCCUUUUGGACCGCUUGGAUUUAUGGGUUUACAUCCGCAAACGCAUUUGUGUAAUGUCUGCUUCAAGAUAUUCCCCAAUCCAGCGGCACUGGAGCGCCACGCACAAAGCGAACAUACCAAAGAUGUUGCUAAUAAUAUAAUAACAACAGAAGCACAAACGAUAGCAACCACUUCAGCGAUUACAAUAACAUCUGCCAGCAACAACAGCAGCAGCAACAGCAACAAUAGCAACAAAAGCGAAACAGCGGCGACAAGUGGCGUUGUUACAGCAAAUAAUACAAGCCAUUCUACGAAUUGUGAUAGAACAUCACCGUACAAUGCGAAGCUAACAGUUAGUACCAAUCUUUUCGCUAAGCAAACCAGCAGCGAAUCAGAUAGAGAGCGAACACCAACGCAUAACACAUCGACAACAGAUAAUCAAAAUAAUAUACCAAAUUUUCACAGCGCCCACACAGUGGCGCGCAAAAGUCCAGCGGAGCAGGAGCAUAACAGCGAGCCAACGCUACGCGACCGCAUUAAACAAGAACCCGAUGCAGAGGCUGAACUCGAGCCGCAACAGCUAAAAGGCGAUCUUUCGAGAUCCUCCCAAGCUAUUGCAUUAGCGAGCACUCCAACGCCGACUCUAACGCCAUCACCGCUGCCCCCAACACCUACGUUAUCUGUUGCAGCGGGUGCGACCGCAUGCGCCCCACCACCAAAUGCAACGCCAAGCAAUCCACUGGAGCUUCAGAAUGCGCCACCUGCAACGCAUUCACCUUUUGAACUCUCCGGUCAUCCACAUCUGGCAUUGUCACACAACAAUGCCGAACAAUCGUUGAUGCAAAUGCAAUUACUAUCCUCACUUCCGCAUGAUACCAUGCAAACCAUGCAACUGCACUACGGACACGCCCAACAUUAUCAUCACCAACAACAUCUACAACAUCAACAACAACAACAACACUCGUCAUCGCAUCCCCAUCAACAAUUGUCGUCACAUUGUAAAUCUUUACUGCCCGCAGAUGCACAUCGCUUUCCCGCUAGCCCACUGGACUUUCAACAGGCUCUGAUGUCCGUCGGUCCGCCUAGCUUGAGCGUCGAUCCCGCUGCCGCUGCGAAUCAGAAACACUUCUGUCAUGUUUGUCGUCGUAAUUUCAGUUCGAGCUCAGCGCUGCAGAUCCAUAUGCGUACCCAUACAGGGGAUAAGCCUUUCCAAUGUAAUGUGUGUCAAAAGGCAUUCACCACCAAAGGGAAUUUGAAGGUCCACAUGGGCACGCAUAUGUGGACGAAUCCCACAUCGCGACGUGGUAGACGCAUGUCACUUGAGUUACCACUACAUCGGCCGGGCAGUAUCCCACCGGAGACGGAUUUUAUGCAACGACGUCCAGAGAUAUUUUUCCCAUAUUUGCCGCCAUUUUUCAAUGGACUGCCGCCUAAGCCCAGUGAACUGAGCCCUGGCGCCUUUCCCAACCUAACGCCGCCACAUUUUCCGAAUGGCGCGAAUGCUGGUAAAUAUCCACCUGGACUGCUAGGACUGCCACCAUUUCUGGCACCGCCUUAUAACUUUGCCGGCAUGACGCCACAGCCACACGGCGAGCAUGCGCAAGCGGAUAGUAAAUCACCAACACCACCAACAAGAGAAGACAUCAAACGCGGAGAGAGCCCAACGCGUGGCACGGCGCUAGAAGUUACAGCGCCUUGGCAUAUGCUAGGAAAAAUUAAAACGGAGAACAAUCAAAAUGAAGAACGGCGAUCCGUAACGCCGCCGACGAUGAGUAGUCAAAUGGUGGAUGAGAGGCGAGGCGACGCGCAGCGUUUAGUAGAGUGAGAUAGAUGAUAUCGGGCGAACUAUUUAAAAAUAAUUUUGAAUUUGAAAUUAGUUUUAAGCGGAUAGUGAAACUGAAAACAUGGUUUUUGUGGAGUACAUAUCGUAAAAUGGUAAAAAUGCUUAAAAAAAUUAUUGCUAAACUAUGAAAGAACAUAAAUAUUACAUAUAUGAUUAAAUGAUAUUUUAAUGGAAGUAGUAGACUUAAGUGUCUAAAAUAAAAUAUAAGUAUGUAAGCAGAAACAGAAAUUAUGUAGGCAAAAUGCGUAAAAUAAGAAGCGUAGAAUAGAAUUCAAAGCAAGCGUAGUAGAGUUAGGUUCC